AGACGUUUCACCUACUACACAGUUUUCUCAAUUCCACGAUCAAUUCGAGCAUGGCACGCUCACAGAACUAUCAAUAACCGUUUUGAUCAUGCUGCAUAUGGCUUACAACCAAAACAUGACGUAUUCGGUGCACAUACCACACAAAAUGACGAAUUGCCGAUUCGUCUUGCUAGUGGCACUAUCGUGGUCAAGCCGAAUAUAGAGAAGUUCACUGAAAACGACGUUUACUUCACUGACGGAUCUCGGGCGGAAAACAUCGAUUAUGUUGUACUAUCGACUGGCUAUGACAUCACAUUCCCAAUCGUUGAGAGUGGAAAAAUGAUAAAAGUAAACAACAACCAAGUUGAACUCUAUAAAUAUAUGUUUCCGAUCGAUCAACCGCACAACACAUUCGCUGUCAUCGGUUUGAUUCAGCCACUCGGAUCAAUCAUGCCAAUAGCGGAGAUGCAAGCUCGAGUAUUCUUUGCUGCCUUGUCAGGCGAAGCUACUCUACCUAGCGUUUCAGAAAUGAAAAGGGACAUCAUGGUAAAGAGAGAAAAAAUGCGAAAACAGUACGUGGAUAGCCAUAGGCAUACCAUACAGGUAGAUUAUAUACCAUUCAUGGAUGAACUAGCUACGAUUAUUGGUUGCCGGCCACGAUUUUUCCCUUUGAUCCUUCAAGAUACCCCAUUGGCCAUGGCAACAACAUUUGGACCAUGUGCUCCCUACAUUUAU